AUGGUUUUUUACCUACAGGUGCUAACGGACGAUGAUGGUUGGGUGUUGAUUGAUCGCAGCGGAAAACACUUUGGGACAAUUUUGAAUUUUUUACGUGAUGGUUACGUGCCGUUGCCGGAAUGUCGCGCCGAAACGGCCGAAAUCCUAGCCGAAGCUAAAUAUUAUCUUAUUCAGGAACUUGUUCAGCAGUGUCAAAAUUGGCUGAAAGUGAUGGAAAAGAAAGACGUGGAGCCUGCUGGCAUAUGUAAAGUACCACUUGUUUGUACGAAGAAAGAUUGUGAUCGCAUUGUCACUAGUACUACUAAGCCGGUAAUAAAGCUCCUAAUCAAUCGACAUAACAACAAAUAUUCCUAUACCUCUCAGUCGGACGAUAAUUUGAUGAAGAACCUGGAGUUGUUCGAUCGCCUGGUAACGCGAUUUAAUGAUCGAGUCCUCUUUGUAAAAGAUAUUGGAGCGGAAAAUGCGGAAGUAUGCCAGUGGACGUUCUACGGACAGGGAAGGAAAAAAGCUGAAGUGUGCUGCACUUCGAUAGUCUAUGCGACCGAUAAGAAGCAAACGAAGGUGGAAUUUCCGGAAGCCCGAAUUUAUGAGGAGGCAAUGAAUGUGUUGUUAUUCGAAGAGCGGCAUGUGUGUGUACGAUGCGGUGGCGAUGGCGGAACGUGCUCACCACCACGUGGCCAUUCACAGAUACAGCUACCACCGUUUAUCUAUUCUUCCGCUCACAGUGCUUCUGUUUCGCCUCAGCGUACUUCGCCAGCCCCAUUUGUUGGCGAUGCUUUGCCCGGAAGUAGCUUGCAAGAAGAUCGACGUCGUUCUUCAAGGCUGGUUGACGGACGCUCGAACAGUAUCGCUGUGGCAGCGGCAAUCAACGAAGAUACGGGUUAA